AUGGACCAUCCUCAGCAACUUGCAUGCCUUAAUGCAGAGUUAUCUAAAAGAUCGAAAAGUAAGGGGCUCUGUCCUUGGAAGUUAGUAUUCGAUGAAUUGCCGGGGGUACUCGAAGAGGAGCGGUUUCCUGCCACGGCCUUUGUCGACGACCUGGCCGUAGUGGUGGCAUCCAAUAGCAGAGCCGGCUUGAAAGGAGAAGUAGAAAGGUCCGCCAAUCUUGUCGGAGAAUGGUGCAAGAGAAAAAGGUUAAAAAUAUCUGGCGUCAAAACCCAAGCUAUUCUUCUAAAGGCAAAAGAGACAGAUAUUCCGGGAGCAGGUGCUACCACAUUCCGGUGGGAAAAUCCCGGAGGAGGCAUUCAGGACGGACCGCUUGGCCUUGAACAGGCUCAACAAGGAAGGCAUCGCCAUCCCUGACGGAGUCUUGUUAGAGACCCGGCACAGGGAGUCCCAUUUUCCGUCCCACCGGCAAGAUCCGGAUAUCAACGCUUCCAUUAUUCGCAUCGUCCAACGUCCCGACGGAAGAUAUGCACCUCCCGAAGGAAGGUAUCCAUUUAACAACCUCGUGGAGUCGACUUACGUGAUCAGACCACCAAUCAACAUUCAUGGAUACGUGGGCUUGCCCCCAAGGAAGCCGAUCCAGGCUACCCUCGAGAUACCAGCCCGCCCUUUUUUCUCUCAGGGCGAGGAAUUGCUCAACAUCAACAACCUGGAUAGCUCAGAUUUACUGGACACCCUCAACCACGAAUUCCCAGGAUCUAAAUUAUGGACAGGAUUCGGACCUCUGUUUCAUGAAACCGCCAACCGUAUUCUACGACACUCUGGUAAAGAGAAGAAGGACCAGCGAACUCCUGUUGCCAAUCAGUUGGUUGCCAACACCGGCAACACUAAAGCUGGAGGCAUCACAUUGACUAGGCCGGCUAGUAUUUACAGUCAAGGAAGCGCUGCUAAGUCAACUACCUCCAACGGCAAGCAGCAGCCACCCGUGAUCAUCACCAGGCAGGUCCUCAGGGCGACCCCGAGCCAGCUGACCAACCAGAUUCUGAGGAGUGCGGUGCAGCCGCUUCUCUCCAGCACGGCAAGGCCGAUACAGAGGCUCGCCAUAGGCUACAGGCAGCCGGACCGGGCCUCCAGCAACCAACGCGAGUACCCUUCCUUGAAUAGGAUUCCCAAGACUUCCUUCGUCUGCCGGAAUUCUGGAAGAUCAAUGGAACCUGACCCAAGCACGAACUGUCAGGUUUUCCACUUAUGUCAUCCAGAUGGUAAGAAAGAAUCUUUCCUGUGCCCCACAGGAACCAGGUACGAUAAGAAGUCGAAUCUCUGCAAUCCUUGGAGAACUGUAUCCUGCUAGCUGUCUCAACCAAGACAAGUGUAAAUUUUAAAAAAUGAUAAUGUGAGGAUUUACCUCGACAUCUUCAACUGGGAUGAUUUAGGAGUGACUGCAUGAAGCUCCCUCCUCGCUUGACAGGCGAAUAUAUUUCCCUUCAUUCUUUUGUAUUAUAUUAUUAAAUAAGAUAAUAGACAUGCUGUAAUAUUAGCUUUAAAGUUUUGUGGUAAUGGAUUACAAUAGGUACAUUUUUUUAAUUAAUAUUUUUGUAAAUCGUGCCAACUUUUAUAAAUAUAAAUUAUUGUUGAAAAUAUACAUGUACAUUUAUAUCAUUUUUUAUUUAAAACAUAAACAUAAAGAAAGAAAGAUACUUCUCAAUUUAUCGGAAUUUGUUUCUUCAUUUGAACACACUUCAGUUAGUCGGUUGAAAGCCGUUACUUAAUAAGCAAAAAUUUAUAUUAAAUUGGUAAAAUUUGACGGAAAGCCGUUUCAGAGGUGUCCAUCCCCAGUUUUUUGGCAAUGAGUCAGAUAUGAGACAUUGCAUCGAAUAUUAUUGUAUACAAUAUCAAAUAAGAUAAAGUUCACUAUAUAUUUUAUACAUACUUAUUUAAUGUAGGAUUAAAGGAUGAGGAGUUAGAGCAAAUUGACUAUUUGGAUAUAUCACAAGAAGUCUUGUCGGUUUUUUCGUAAUUCUUAAUAAUUCCUAAUAUAUUAAAUUCUAGAAGACAUUUAUUAUAUUCAAUUUGAAAGAGCGUUAGAUUUUCUAUAGAUCUUAUAUAGAGACACCAUUAUGUGAGAAAGUUACCGGCUGUUAAAAUGCACGGAAUUGAAGGGUUCUUUUGGUUGAAAUAGCUGCCACUUCUUGUUAAAAACUGUUCAUCUUUUCAAUUCUUUUGAUUCGGCUACUUCAACAACUUUAUUUAUAAGAGCUCUAGAUUGUAUGAAGAAAUUAUAUAACUUUUAUAUAUUCACUUGGUAUGAGUGACAUCGGCAUCCAUCCCAUUAAUAAAAAAUUAAAAACUGAAUCACCCCUCAAAGUUUGAGCUAAUGACUUCUCACACUUUGGCGUAUUAACGAAUCUGUUCGAGCUUUAUCAGAAAUGACAAAUCCUGUACUUCAAACCUCCUACUCUAGCUCAUUGAAAAUUCGAACUACAGUAGGCCCAAUGUUAUUUUUUUGUUUUUAAAAGUAAAAUUAGAUCAGAGCUUUGCUUAUUACCUAUAUUCAUAUAUUUUAAAGCCUAUUUACAUUUUUGUUUUGUUAUAAGUUAAUGGAUCAAGAAGUAAAAUGAGUUUAAUUAAAGCCACAUGCGUUUGAUAGGGUCUGGCAUCCGGGACUAAUGUACAAAAUCCGUAAAUACCUACCACUUACAUACUUCCUCAUUAUCCGUUCCUACUUCACUGACAGAUACUUCAAAGUAAAUCACAAGGAUGCUUAUUCAUCUUGCUGGUUGGAAAGUGAGGAAAGAUUUGGUUGGAAAUGAGGAAACACUGGAUUAACCAAUAUGAAUUAUCCAAAUAAUAUAAAAAUAUAUAUUAAUGCUAAUAAUAGAACAUAUUAAUCAUUCUAAUCUAAGACUUAUUUAUUUCUAAAAAUACAUACAUUUCUAAAAAUACUAUUCAACUUGACAACUUAUUGUUUUCAUUAAAAUAUGAAGUUUUGUACAAUAUAUUAAAUAAAAACCACUGCUGACUAAAAAGAAAUAUAAAAACUUUAUUGACUAAGAAUAUUAUUUUUUCAAAUAUUUCAUCCAAAUAAUUUAUAAAAGAGAACAUAAAACACAUUCUUUGGUUUAUGUAUGUUACCAUUAUAAGUUUAUAAUAAUAAUAUUACCAUUAUAAAGUUAUUGCCUAACUUUAAACAGUUUAAAAAUUCUGGUUUCCACUAGGUAAAAAUUAAUGACUUCAUGAACAGUUAAAGGAUAUACAAUAAACUAUCAUAAUAAUUCACAAAGAUACAUCAACAAUUUUUGCUAUAAAACAGUCACAUAUCAUAAAAAUGAGAAUAACAGGAAUAGAGAAAUUUUGUUUAGUUAGUCCUUUAAACUUAAUUGUUGCUUAAAGGAAUAAAAAAGUUUCCAUAUUUUUCCAUCACUGGAAUUAUUUCAAUCUAAGAGUUUUAAGACAGUUAGCUUAUGUUAAUGUAAGGGUUAAUUCCUAUUUCCGAAUGAAAUUUGGAUAAAAAUUAUCAUAUCAUUUAAAAUGCAAUUAUAUUGUAUAAAACAUCUCAAAGUUACAUUCUUUCUUAUUUUAUUUUAUUUUAUUUUUUUACAGAGCUUUGGAUUAGAUCAAUUAUACAUCUUUUUAAUUAACAUUUCUCCAAUUUUUACAAAGAGGAGCCAAAACACUAAAUGCGGGUGGACCCCACUAAAAUAAAAAUUGCAGUUUAAAUCAGUUUUAAUACUCAUAAAAUAAAAUAUUCUGUAUUUGCCUUGUAUUUAAAUGUUAUAGGAAUACUAUAGAAACAUCUUUUUUCUUUAUUAGUUUUAAUUAAUUUAAUAAAGAUUUAUUCAAUAACACAUUUUUAGUUAUAAAGAUAUAAUUCUAUAACUUGAAAACUUUAGGAAAUUAAUAUUUUUAAUUGAAAUCCAUUGGUAACUUUAUAUGAACUCAUUAACAUUUAUAGGCAUCUAAUACAUAUUAAUAGAUAAUGUUGAUUUGAUUAAUCUAGGAUAUUACAUGAUAAUGAUGAUAAGAAGAACCAUUUGUUGUUAGUGGCGUGUUUUCAUUUAAAUUUCUUUGUGUUUUCAAUUCCUGAUGGAAGGAAUAGACAACAAGGAAGAUAUAAACCUGCAAAACUGUAACAAAGAAUGUAUAUAGUUAUUAUCCAAAUAAAUCUACAUUUACUUAAAAAUUCAACAUACAGAAACUCAGAAUUGUACAUAAGAAAAGUUUUUUUGGUAAUAAAACAAUUGAACUGUGAUCGAAUAUGCACAAUAAGAUAAUGAAACAUUUUAUCAACCUAAUUAUAAAAAAUUGUUUCCUCCUAUUUUAGUUUGUUCUAUUUAAUUAAUAUAGGUGCUCAGAAACAUCCUGUUAAACCUCAUAGUAUUAAUUCUUAAAACCUGAUGUGUCAAACCUUGUAACCCAUGAACUUAUUACACUCCAGUUGUUAACAAUAAAACCUGGUUCCUCUUUGUAAAGAGUACUGCUAGACCAUCGAUGAAAUGAAUCUAUCUGCCACUAUUUAUGAUCAUGAUUAUCCGUACAUAUAUUAUUACAGUAAGCUCGAAAUCGGUUUUGUACCAAAUAUAAGCUCCUGUCAAGCUCAAAUACCAUGAAUGGGGUACCGUUGGAUUCAGAAUUUCACUGGGGGUUAGCGAAUCGUAUUCUCCGCUUUUGUUUUUCUUUCUAAAAUAAAUAAAGUCGAUACAAACAUUUUGCUAGGCUUCAACACUGGAAGGGUGGUAGGUCUGUAGAUCGAUGCGGGACAAAUUGGACCAUGAAGAUUUUGAUGCGUACAGCAAGACCCAGAUAGUUCCUCCAGAACUAUCGGAUCCUGCUUUUUUAAGCCCAAAAACGUACCAUUUUCGAGAUAACGCAAGGCAUGGGGUUCGCAUCCACACAAUCUGACGUUAAUUGUAGUACUGUCAUUGGAUACAUGUCUCAUUUCGUCGACUUGAGGUCUCUAUGAUCAAGACAGGAGGAGUUUAUAUUAUUUAUCAAUGAUGUUUUUGAUCGGUAAGCCAUAUCAUCGUUAUUUUUUCACCAAAUCUCAAGAUUGAGCCACCAAUUUCGAAGGCUUCCUUCUCCUUCAGGCGGGAAAAAUAUUCCAAUCACCCCGAAAAUUCAGGCAAACAAGUUAUGAAAAAAAAUAAACUUUAUUUGCGAAUAACUAAAAAAUUACACACUUUUCCCUUGGUCAUUCCCAUUAUUGUAUAAAACAUUACUAAUUUUCUACAAAAGGAAAAACAAAUCAUUGAAAUCGGACAAUUUUUCGCAAAGAUACAGCUUAUUGAAAUUUGUAAAUAUGUUGGUUCCAAACAAAAAUGAAGAUUUAAAUUAAUUUUGUUUCGUUUGUGGAUUAUAUUUAUGGAUAAAGUAACAAUUGAUUUCUUUAUCUUUUGAUACAUUGCAUUAUUUUAUUUUCUUAUUAAUUUGGCAUUUGAUAACAAUAUGCUGUGCGAAUUUUUCGCACGGGCCUACUAGUAAAGAAAAAAAGAAAGAACUUUUCUCUUUAACCCAAAAAAUGAACAGUACAACAUGUGCUUCAAACUAAGCCAGAUAACACGAAAUAUAUAUUUUUAAUUUUUUUAUUUACUGCAUCUUGAACUGAUUAUCCUGAAAACAAACUCUAAACCAAAUUGGUUUUAUUUUUUUGUAUCUCCUGUAUAAUUUAUCUAGUUGCAGUUACAAGGUUAUAUAAUUAGAGUAAUCAUUUGAAAACGUACAUUUCAUUUUAUCACAUAAAUAGGCAUUAAAAUGUGAUAACUAUACAUAUAAAUUAAACUUCUAUUUUAAUCACACUAUAUUAGCAGAGAAUAGUUUUUUAUACCAAUAAAAAUUCAAUACGCUUAUUUCUCGUUCAUUUUGUAAACAAUAAGGGCAUUUUUAUAUUAGUGUAUACAUCCAUACAUAGUUCUGAUCAAAAUUAAUGCACCACAUUAUUUUUUAACCAAAAAUCCUAUAUGAUAAAACAAAUUAAAUCUCUUUUAUCUUUAUUUAUUUUUUUCCCACACAGGAUAAAUCUCUGUAAGACAUCUAAAAGAUAUCUUUUUUUAGAUAUCUUAAAGAAGGUAUCUUUUAGGUGAUCAUAGAGUUUGUUUUUUAUAAAUGUUAAAUAAAUGUAAUAUAUGAUUUUUAAUGAACAGCCAACCAAUUAUUCAUUAUAAGUAAUUCAGAUUAAGUAUAUAUUUUAACUUAUAAAACAAGUAUUAAUAUGACUCAUUUCCAGGAAAGUAUAUACAAUUCUUCUUCGAACUGUCAAGUAUUUAAAUGAGUUUUUAUUGAUUUUUAGCGCAUAUAUUCAUAAAAUUUUAUAACCAUUAUAGUUUUUCAUUUUAUCUUGACUUAAUUAAUAAUUCAAUUAUUGAAUUUGAUUUAGCCUGAUGAAGGUCUAAUGACCAAACCAGUUGCAGAAGAUAAUAAACUAUAAAAGGAAGACAUAUUUUUAUUUUAACUGACCUACUACUUCUUCAAUAUUAAACUUCAAUCCAAGAAUAGGACUAAAGAAAAGGAAUUCAAGAAACUUACCAUUAGAUAAUAUUAUUACCAUC